GCAGCAGCGGCAGAGGCAGCAGCGAUGGCAGCCCCGGUUCUUGGACAUUCAGAAAUUCAUUAGGUUGCGCGCCAUCGUUCCAGGCGGUCGCACAUUCCACGUGCCAUAGCCGUAACCACAACCUGCCAGCCGUUUAAGACCAAACCCAAAUACGAAACGAAACUGCCUUCACACAAGUACCUAAACCAAAAACCCAAAUAGCUGCCAAAAGUAACCAAAAAUACCAGAGAUCCCGUAACAUAACCCACGUGCCCCCGGAAUAAAGAUGAUGGGAUCGCCGGGAUCCCAAGCGCCCGCGAUCGCGACCUCGGUCGGAAUCAGAAACGGGCGGAUAGGUUGCACAGGCUCGCUGCUUCUGCGCCUCCUCGCCGUGAUCUUCGUCCUCAACGCCUGCCAUGUACCGCUGACAAAUGCCAAGCAAAUUACGCCCUUCAAUGAUGACCUGGACUUUAUAUUGGCGGACGACCAGUUGCAGGGCAACAACGAGACCGAGUGGGCCACUAAGGCUAACGAUGACGAUGACGACGAUUUCCUCGAGAGCGAGGAUCUAAUGCGUUCAUCAGAAAAGGACGACUUCGAGGAGACGGAGAAGAAGGAGGACUUGCCCAAAGGUAACUGGUUUACCCAGAGUGUCCAUCGCGUUGGCCGCUCAAUCAAGAGUCUCUUUGGCGCUGACGAGAAUCAGGAGCGGAAGCUGGAGCAUGAGCGGACCCGGCGGAAACGCCAAAAUGCCCAUGAUCGGCAAAAGGAGCUUCGCCGGCAGAACAGGGAGGAGCGGGAACGCAAGCGGGAACAGGAAAAGCAUCAACGCCAGCUGGAGAAACAGCGUCUGGCCAAACGGGCCAAUGACGUCACUCGCAAGCGGGCACCUUCUGCCGAUCUCUACGACGAGAACGAGGCUUCCGGAAUAGAGGAAACCGCCAUCUAUCGUACCUCCUUCGUCGUUAAUGAGCCAUAUUCGACCGAGUUCAGGGAUCGGGCUAGCAAUGACUUUCAGAACCUGCAAAAAUUUAUAGACGACGAUCUGCGCAGAUUUUUCCACAACGCUUACGAUGUUCAUGAUGACGAGGAGCAAGAAAUCCGUAGCAUUCUGGAGCGAGUUGAACCGACCGAAGACAGCUUUCAGGUUCGCGUGCAUCUCAAGAUAGAGAUCCCCAGUUCUAUAACCGACUUCGGUAAUAAGUUGCAACAGAAACUGAAUGACUUCAUGCGCAUCGAUCAAUUGGGUGCUUCUGUCGAUGACGCCUUUUCCUUCACAGAAUUGAGUGCCCCAGAAGACACUGUUAUUCCCCAUAAGGCCGUGUUGACGAUCUCUAGAAACAAGUUCCCUGUAAUACGAGUCGAACCCAAAGAUGUUCCAUCAGCCACCGGUCCCAAAGAUGAAGGCGAUCCGAUGUCGAUCGAUCUUAAUUACCAGCCAAGACCAGUGCCGGUGGAGGGCUCCGGCGAUGACCUCAACUGUCGUGGGGAUGUCACCUUCACCUGUCGCCACAGCGGGAAAAUCAUUUGCGAUGAUAUGCAAUGCGAUGGAGUGCGACAAUGUCCCGAUGGCGAGGACGAGGAAUUCUGUUCCUAUGCACCGGUUUGCACUGAAGAUCAGUUCAAGUGCGACGAUAAAUGUCUGCCGCUGGAAAAGCGCUGCGAUAGAGUUACGGACUGCGAUGAUCAGACGGAUGAGGCUGCCUGUGAUCAGCAGCCGGCACCAGAGCCAGAAGAACCUGAGCAAUCACCUGAUCCUGAACCCGAACCCGAACCUAUACCUGAUCCUGAACCUGAACCUGAACCAGAGCCUGAGCCAGAAUCUCAAGAAGAGGAAUGCCAUGCCAACGAGUUUAGAUGUAACGAUGGACAGUGCAUCGAUGCCAGAAAGCGUUGCAACAACAUCGAGGAUUGUGCCGAGGGCGAGGACGAGGGCGAGGAGUGCCCCGCCGCCUGCAGCGGAAUGGAGUAUCAAUGUCGCGACGGCACGCGCUGCAUCAGUGUGAGUCAGCAGUGCGACGGCCACUCCGAUUGCAGCGACGGCGACGACGAAGAGCAUUGCGACGGAAGUGGCUACGACGACGGGGAAUGUCGGUUCGAUGAGUUCCGUUGCGGAACCGGUGAGUGCAUACCUAUGCGUCAGGUGUGCGAUAACAUCUACGAUUGCAACGAUUAUACCGAUGAGGCCAACUGCGAUGGUGGUGAAUCCGAAGAGGAGGAUAGUGUGGGCAUUCCCAUUGGCCACCGCCCCCAGAGACCGAAGCCCAAGUUCGAUGACGGACUGCACGAGAAGGACAUCUACGAGUACCAUGUUUAUCAGCCCAGUAAUGUCUAUGGGAAGGCCGAUUCCCAGAAUCCCUGUGCCAGCAAUCAAUUCCGUUGCACCACGACAAAUGUAUGCAUACCGCUGCAUUUGAGAUGCGAUAAUUUCUAUCACUGCAAUGAUAUGAGCGAUGAAAAGAACUGCGAGCAGUAUCAACGACCCACCACCACCCGACGACCCUUGAUCUGGGCCCCACAUCCUUUCACCACCCAGGGCCCAGGCUUGCUGGAGCGUAACAACACCACUAGAACCACCGCCAGCAGCACCACCACAACCACCGAGGCGCCACCAAUAUGGCAAUGGGCAACGAAAACGACAACCACCGAGACCACGACUACUAACCCAAUAACAACACUUGGCGUAGCGAUCAACUCAGCACAGUCAUGCCUCGAAAACAUCGAAUUCGCGUGCCACAAUCGCGAUUGCAUUCCGAUUGAGAGCGUCUGCGAUGGCACCCCCGACUGUGGACACGAGGAAGACGAGGACUACGCUCUUUGCAACUGCAGCGGCGACAAGUACAAGUGCCAACGUGGCGGCGGGUGCAUUCCAAAAUCCCAGGUGUGCGAUGGCAAACCUCAAUGCCGCGACCGCAGCGACGAGAGCGCCUGCCAUCUCCAUGGAAGAUUAAAUAAAACUCGUUUGGGGGUCGAGUGCCUAGGAAGCCAAUAUCAGUGUGGCGAUGGAAGCUGCAUAUCCGGCUACAAACGCUGCAACGGCAUCACCGAUUGCGCCGAUGGCGCCGACGAGUAUAACUGCAUCUACAACUACGUCGAUUCCAGUUACGACAACGACCCGGACAACAAUCCACUGAAUGAAUGUGAUAUCCUUGAGUUUGAAUGUGACUACAGUCAGUGCUUGCCGCUUGAGAAGAAAUGCGAUGGUUAUGUAGACUGUGAAGACGAGAGCGACGAGUUCGAAUGUCAGUCGUACACAGACCGUUGUCUAGAGUCCGAGUUCGAGUGCGAUAGCUACUGCCUGCCCCGCGAUCAGUUGUGCAACGGCAUUACCAACUGCCAAGAUGGCAGCGACGAGCGCAACUGUACUUUCUGCCGGGAAGAUGCCUACCUUUGCAACACCGGCGAGUGUGUGGCUGAUAAUCAGAGAUGCAACGGCAUCGACGAUUGCGCCGACGGCAGCGACGAGCGUCACUGCGAGACCAACAACCACUAUCCCACACAUAAUGUGAAUGUUAUUGUCCAAAAAACGAGUCCUCCGAAUCCUAAAACCAAACGCUGUCGCCCCAAUGAGUGGCAGUGUGCGAAUCUCGAGUGCAUCGAAAUAAGUUUGCAGUGCAAUGCAUUUAAGGAUUGCUCGGAUGGAUCCGAUGAGGACCUCAGCGUUUGCUUCGGCACCGCCACCAAUCGACUAAAACCCAGUGACUGCAGUUCGGAUCAGUUCUUCUGCGAUGAGUCGUGCUAUAACCGUUCGGUUCGAUGCAACGGGCAUUUGGAUUGCUCCGAUGGUAGUGAUGAGGUUGGAUGUUCCAUGAAGUCACUGCCAUGUCCACAGCACCAGUGUCCCAGUGGGAGGUGUUAUUCGGAAAGUGAGCGAUGCGAUCGCCACAGGCACUGCGAGGAUGGCUCCGAUGAGGCCAACUGCUGUGCCCCGAGUCAAUACCGUUGCCGAAACGGAGACUGCGUUGCUGGAUCGGCUGUCUGCGAUGGAAUCCCCCAAUGUAGCGACAAUUCCGAUGAACUCAACUGUGGGGGCGGCCAGGAAUGUCUGCCCAGUCAGUUCAGAUGUAAUAGUGGCCAGUGCGUGAGCUUGGGAGCACGUUGCAAUGGACGAUCCGACUGCCAGGAUGGCUCCGAUGAACAUAUUUGCGGUCAUCAUCAAGUUGAGGUCACCCAAGGACCCACUGGAAGUGGCACCACUUCUACUAGCACCACUGCCAUGACGCCACUGAGAAUCAUCUGCCCACCAACCUCAUUUAAAUGCGACAAUGGGCCCUGUAUUUCGCUGGGUCUACGAUGCAAUGGACGGAUCGAUUGUCCAUAUGAUGAAAGCGAUGAGGUGGAUUGUAGUCAUGUCAGCAAUGAGAUUGAUAACAACUUUAAUAACCCUGGACGUGGAUCGAACCAAUUGAAUCUCAAGACCUACCCAGCCGCUCAGAUCAUCAAGGAGAGUCGCGAGGUCGUCUUCCGUUGCCGUGAUGAAGGUCCCACUCGCGCCAAGGUCAAGUGGUCUCGUCCCGGUGGACGACCUCUGCCCCCCGGAUCCAAAGAUCGCAACGGUCGCCUUGAAAUUCCCAACAUUCGGGUUGAGGAUGCUGGCACAUAUGUUUGCGAGGCUGUGGGUUUUGCCAACUAUAUAGCCGGCCAGCAGGUCACCGUGAACCUCAAUGUCGAACGCUAUAACGACUUGUCAUCCCGCCCGAGCUCAGCCUGCUCUGAACACCAGUCCACGUGCAUGAACGGCGAGUGUAUUGAUAGGACGGCCAUCUGCGAUGGAACUCCAGACUGCUCGGAUGCUUCCGAUGAGCAGAGCUGCAGUUUGGGCCGCAAGUGCCAGCCCAACCAGUUCAUGUGCGCCAAUUCGAAGUGCGUGGAUCGCACCUGGCGCUGUGAUGGACAGAACGACUGCGAGGAUAAUUCCGAUGAGACCUCCUGCGAUCCGGAACCAAGUGGCGCUCCCUGCCGAUUUAACGAGUUCCAGUGCCGCAGUGGUCAUUGCAUCCCCAAGAGCUUCCAGUGCGACAAUUUGGCGGAUUGUACUGACGGUACCGAUGAAGUUGGCUGCAUGAAACCCAUGCCGAUUCGCCCGCCACCCCCAUCGGUAUCCCUGCUGGAGUUCGAGGUGCUCGAACUGACCUGCGUGGCCACCGGAACCCCAACACCGACGAUCGUGUGGCGUUUGAACUGGGGCCAUGUGCCCGACAAGUGCGAGUCCAAGAGCUACGGUGGAACCGGAACUCUCCGCUGUCCGGAUAUGAGACCAAAAGACAGUGGAGCUUACUCGUGCGAGAUUAUCAAUACGCGCGGCACUCACUUUGUGAACCCGGACACCAUUGUCACCGUGACGCCACAACGCACGGACGUGUGCAAAGCUGGAUUCUUCAAUAUGCUAGCCCGCAAAUCAGACGAUUGCGUCAAGUGCUUCUGUUUCGGAGUGGCCAAUUCCUGCGAUAGUGCCAAUUUGUUUACCUAUGCCAUUCAACCGCCGAUCGUGUCGCACCGCGUUCUUAGUGUGGAACUGAGUCCGCGUCGCCAGAUUGUGAUCAAUGAGGCAGCUCCGGGUCAGGAUCUGAUCACCCUGCACCAUGGCGUUCAGUUUAGGGCCUCGAAUGUUCACUUUGCUGGUCGGGAGACGCCCUACUUGGCAUUGCCUUCGGACUAUAUGGGCAACCAGUUGAAGUCCUAUGGCGGAAACUUGAGGUACGAAGUUAGCUACAUGGGCAGUGGAAGACCAGUCAAUGGUUCAGAUGUCAUCAUCACCGGCAAUCGUUACACUAUAACCUAUAGUGUUUACACACAACCUGGUCAAAAGAACAAGGUUAAAAUUCCGAUAUUGCCGGGAGGAUGGCUGAAACCCGAUGGCUACAAGGCCACGCGCGAAGAGAUCAUGAUGAUACUGGCCAAUGUGGAUAAUAUUCUGAUACGACUGGGCUACCUGGAUAGCACCGCUCGCGAGGUGGAUCUAAUAAAUAUUGCCUUGGAUUCGGCUGGAAGUUCGGACCAGGGAUUGGGUAGUGCCUCCCUCGUGGAGAAAUGCUCGUGUCCACCCGGUUAUGUGGGUGAUUCCUGUGAGACCUGUGCCCCUGGCCACGUCAGACAGCCGGGAGGACCCUGGCUUGGUCAGUGUGUGCCCUUCAUUCCGGAACCCUGUCCAUCCGGAACGUUUGGCGAUCCACGACGUGGUGUGCCCUGCAAGGAGUGUCCUUGCCCCCUGACCGGUGGCAAUAACUUUGCCAGUGGCUGCCAACAGAAUCCCGACGGCGAUGUCGUAUGCCGAUGCAAUGAGGGCUACGCGGGCAGGAGGUGCGAAUACUGCGCAUCUGGCUACCAGGGUAAUCCGCUGGCUCCGGGAGGAGUUUGUCGCCCGAUACCCGAUACUUCGUGCAACGUUGAUGGCACCUACAACAUCCAGAGCAACGGAGCUUGCCAGUGCAAGGAUAAGGUGAUUGGCGAACAGUGCGACACGUGUGCGGCGAAGAGCUUCCACCUCAAUUCGUUCACCUACACUGGAUGCAUCGAGUGCUUCUGCAGCGGAGUGGGAGAUGAUUGCGAUAGUAGUACGUUGUAUCGCGACCAGGUGACCAGCACCUUUGGACGUUCGAGCGUCAAUCAUGGCUUCGCUUUGGUUACCGACUAUAUGCGUGCCACCCCGGAGACCAUAGCCGUGUCCAUGGCCGUGGUGCCCAAUGCGCUGAGCUUUGUGGGAUCGGCGGAUCAUGCCGGGGACACACUCUACUGGAGUCUGCCGGCCGCGUUUCUGGGCAACAAGCUGACUUCCUACGGCGGCAAGCUGAGCUACACUUUGAGCUACAGUCCCCUACCCAGUGGCAUAAUGUCCCGCAACAGUGCCCCGGAUGUGGUGAUAAAGAGUGGCGAGGAUCUGAGGCUCAUCCACUACAGAAAAUCACAGGUUAGCCCCAGUGUGGCCAACACCUAUGCCGUCGAGAUCAAGGAGAGCGCCUGGCAGCGCAGCGACGCAGUACCGGCCAACCGUGAGCAUGUCCUGAUGGCCCUCAGCAACAUUACGGCCAUCUACAUUAAGGCCACGUAUACCACGAGCACCAAGGAGGCCUCGUUGCGUCAGGUGACUUUGGACACUGCCACGGCUACGAAUCUGGGCACAGCGCGUGCCGUCGAAGUCGAGCAGUGUCGCUGUCAAGAGGGCUAUGUGGGUACGUCCUGCGAGCGGUGUGCUCCUGGUUACGCCCGCGAUCCGGAGGGUGGAAUCUAUCUGGGAUCCUGCCUACCCUGCGAGUGCAAUGGACAUUCGAAGUAUUGCAACGCCGAAACCGGGGACUGCGAAAACUGUUCUGACAACACCGAUGGACCCAACUGUGAAGUAUGCGCCGCCGGCUAUGUUGGCGAUGCCACUCGCGGAACUCCGUACGACUGCCAACUCGAUGAGGUCAAUCCGCCGCCGCGUCCGCUGCCACCGGGCAAUCACACAUUUGACUGUGACGUAUACUGCGAUUCUCACGGAACAUACGCUUGCCGCGACAACUACUGCCAAUGUAAGACGAACGUGAUUGGGGAUCAGUGCAAUGAGUGCCGUCCCGGAACCUACGGACUGUCCCCCGAAAAUCCGGACGGCUGCAAGGAGUGCUACUGCUCCGGAGUGUCCAACCAGUGCCGUUCGGCGUCUCUGUACCGCCAGCAGAUACCCGUGGACUUCAUUCUCAACGCACCCCUUAUCACAGAUGAUAACGGAGAUAUUUUGGACACCCAGAACCUAGAACCCGACUUAGCCAGUAACAUGUACACCUAUUCGCACACCAGCUACACGGAAAAAUUCUGGAGCCUCAGGGGCAGCGUGCUGGGCAACCAGCUUCUGUCGUACGGCGGCCUCCUGAGUUACACCCUAGUGGUGGAAUCCUUUGGCAACUAUGCGCCUGGCCAGGAUGUGAUCCUGAUUGGCAACGGAGUCAAGCUGGUCUGGUCCAGUCCCGACGGACGUGGCGAUCGGGAGGAGUACAGUGUGCGACUGCACGAGGACGAACAAUGGCAGCGCAAGGAUCGUGGAUCGGCACGACCGGCAUCCCGCUCGGACUUCAUGACUGUGCUAACAGAUCUGCAGCACAUACUGGUCCGAGCCACGCCCAAAGUGCCCUCGACAAGGACCUCGAUCGGCAAUGUCAUUCUAGAGAGUGCUGUCACCACCAGAACGCCGGGAGCUACGCAUGCCGUCGAUCUUGAGUUGUGCCAGUGCCCAACCGGAUAUUCGGGCUCGUCCUGUGAGAGCUGCGCACCACUCUACUACCGCGACUCCAGCGGCUCCUGCAGCCUGUGUCCUUGCGAGGCCUCCAACACCGAGUCCUGCGAUUUGGUUAGCGGCGGCUAUGUCGAAUGCCGGUGCAAGCCACGCUGGAAGGGCGAUCGCUGUCGCGAAAUUGAAACUAACGAUCCUACGGUAACGGAUCCCAAUACCGAAGAUCCCGUACGGACCCAGAUCAUUGUGUCGAUUGAGAAACCGGAGAUUACUAUCGUGCCCGUGGGCGGAUCGCUGGUCCUCAGCUGUAGCGGUCGGAUGCGCUGGAGCAAUGAUCCAGUGUAUGUGAACUGGUACAAGGAGAACAGUCGCAUGCCAGAGGAUCACGAAGUCAAUGGUGGUAAUCUGCAUCUUUUCAACCUGGACAUCAGCGAUUCUGGAGUCUACAUUUGCCAGGCCGUUAGCAAGGAAACCAACCGCGUCUUCAAGGAUUCCGUCUCCAUCACCAUAACCCCGGUGGACCAGCGCUCGCCGGCUCAGAUUGUGAACUUGCCCCACGAUGUGACCUUUGAAGAAUACCAGCCCAAUGAGAUCGUCUGCGAGGUGACAGGUAACCCGGCACCCACUGUCACCUGGACACGAGUGGAUGGACAGGCGGAUGCCCAGAGCACAAGAACGUACAAUAACCGCUUGAUCUUCGAGUCGCCAAGGAAAUCGGAUGAGGGUCGCUAUCGCUGCCAGGCGUACAAUGAACUGCACCGCGUUGAGCAGUAUGUCAUCGUUUAUGUGCAGAGCAACACUCCCCAGCCGCCGCCGCCGCAGGAUCGUUUGUAUAUCCAGCCGGAGGAGGUUAAUGGCUAUGAGGGCGAAUCUUUCCGACUAUCCUGCCAAUUUACAAGCGGUGCCUCUCUGCACUACGAUUGGUUACUCAACGGCAGCCCCCUGUCCUCUUCGGCCCCGCGAAAUGUCCAGAUCAAUGGCAAUGUCCUGGAGGUACGCGAUGCCAGUUACCGCGACUCUGGAAUCUACACCUGUGCGGCCUUUGAUCAACGCACCCGCCGCAACCUAACCGCGGACGCUCGUGUAAACAUCGAGCCACGCGAGGAACCACCAAUCGAUGAUGGCGCCAAGCCAAGGAUUGUGCCAUUGCCGGAGAAUGUGAACAUCAUUCAGGGCCAGGAUUAUAGCAUCACCUGCGAGGCCAGUGGAACGCCCCAUCCCUCGAUCAAAUGGGCCAAGGUGCACGACCAGUUGGCCGUCAAUGUCCACAUCAACAGCAAUACGCUGACCAUCUAUGGAGCCCGGCCCGAGAAUCGAGGUCCCUACUCUUGCUUUGCCGUUAACUCCCACGGAACUGAACAGUCUAGCACAAACAUCGAUAUUGAACCCCGGGAGCGGCCUAACAUUAGGAUUCAGCCGGAGACCCAGCAAACAGUUCUGGUCGGCGGGCAGGCUGCCAUCUACUGCACCGCUCACGGUAUUCCCGAGCCGACCGUCGAGUGGGUUCGAGUGGACGGCCAACCGCUGACGCCGCGUCACACGACCAGAGAAGAGCCCGGCUAUAUGAUAAUCGAAGACAUUCAGGUCGCUGAUGACGGCCAGUACGAGUGUCGGGCGAGAAAUAUUGCUGGCGAGGCCACCGGAGUGGCCUCCAUUGUCGUCCAUGAGCGACCUCUCGUGCAGCUAAGCACCGAACAGCAGACCCUUCGACUCACCGAAGGCGACGAACUGUCGCUGAGCUGCGUGGGUAGCGGUGUGCCCACUCCGACUGUUUUCUGGACCCACCCCGAAAGGAGAGGUUCCACUGGAUUCCUGGGACCGCCAUCCACGAACACUGCCAACGUCCAGAUCUACCGAGUCACACUGGAGGACGCCGGCGACUACACUUGCCACGGAUCCAAUGCGGUGGGCGAAGAUGAUAAAUCCGUGCGCGUGGAAGUUCAGCCCAAACGGGGCGACAUCGGAGGAGACGAUACCGAUGUGGACGACUCCGUUCCCCGCCGACCAACUUACAACACGCGCCCCUACACCCAACCGCCUGGUCGCAACGAACAGCUGUCCACCGAAAUUGGCACCAAUGUGACUCUGAGUUGCGACGCUAUCAAGGGGUUGAGCUCGUAUUGGGAACGCGUUGAUGGCGCACCCCUGCCUCCAAAUGCCCACGCGGAGCACAACAGUCUGGUGAUUGUGUUCGUGCAGCUGCAGAAUCUGGGCCAGUACCGCUGCAACGGAGUCGGAAGCGAUGGCCGUGUGGAGGCCUCUGUGGUGAAGGAGCUGGUCCCGCUGCCCCUGCCCAGGAUCACCUUCUAUCCCAGCAUUCCGCUCAACGUGGAGAUGGGACAGAAUUUGGAUGUGUACUGCCUGGUGGAGAAUGUGCGUCCGGAGGAUGUGUAUUGGAGCACCGACAAUAAUCGACCACUGCCCAGUAACGUUCGCUUCGAACACAAUGCCCUGCGAUUUGAGUCCAUCACUCAGGCCGCUGCCGGAGAUUACCGCUGCUCCGCCUUCAACCAGUAUGGAAACAGGUCAGAGACCGCCAAGGUGAUGGUGAAGAAACCCGGUGGCUUCCAGCCAGUUCCGCAGUCCCAGUUGCAGCAGCACCGCGAGGGCAGCACCAUCCAGCUAAGAUGCAGUCUGACCACCCAGUACGGCGGCGAGGUUCGCGGCAAUGUCCAGUUCCACUGGUACCGUGAGGAUGGCAGUCGGUUGCCGCACAACGCUCGUCCGGACAGCCAGGUGCUGGUGCUGACCGAUUUGCGACCCGAGGACGAGGGCCGCUACAUCUGCAAUUCGUACGAUGUGGCCAGGAGGCAGCAACUGCCCCUCGUCUCCAUCGACUUGCAAGUACUAAGAACUACCCAGUAUCCUUCUCGGUAUAAGGGCGGUGUCACCCUGAAAGACACGCCCUGCAUGGUUCUGUAUAUUUGUGCAGCGGCGACCCCGCCCCCCUACAGCCCCGCCUACCUGCCGCCGGUGCCCACGGCGCCCCCACACUUACCGGAAAGGACGCGCGACUACAGCCUGAAACUGGACCAACAGUCCUCCAACCUUCGAGUCGGUGAGGACACCGAAGUCGAGUGCUACUCCUCCGACGACACCUACACGGAUGUCGUCUGGGAGCGGUCCGAUAAAGCUCCACUCAGCAACAACGUCCGGCAAGUGGGCAACCGCCUGGUGAUCAGUGAUGUGGCCCCAACCGAUGCCGGCAACUAUGUGUGCAAGUGCAAGACAGACGAAGGAGAUCUGUACACGACCAGCUACGUACUCGAGGUCGAGGAUCAGCCCCACGAACUGAAGAGCUCCAAAAUAGUCUACGCAAAGGUGGGCGGAAAUGCCCAGUUGCAGUGCGGAGCCGAUGAAGCUAGGCAGCCCACCUACCGCUGGUCCCGUCAAUAUGGACAACUCCAAGCGGGACGCAGUCUGCUCAGCGAGAAGCUUUCCCUGGACAGCGUGCAGGCCAAUGACGCCGGAACGUACAUUUGCACGGCCGUGUAUGGCGACGGCGAGACGGCGGACUUCCCCAACAUUUUGGUGGUGACGGGGGCGAUUCCCCAGUUCCGCCAGGAACCACGCAGCUACAUGAGUUUCCCCACGCUGCCGAACUCCUCGUUCAAGUUCAACUUUGAGCUCACCUUCCGGCCGGAAAAUGGCGACGGAUUGCUCCUCUUCAAUGGACAAACCCGCGGAAGCGGCGACUAUAUCGCAUUGUCGCUGAAGGAUCGCUAUGCGGAGUUCCGCUUCGAUUUUGGCGGCAAACCGUUGCUGGUACGAGCGGAGGAGCCACUGGCUCUCAACGAGUGGCACACGGUUCGAGUGAGCCGCUCCAGGAGGGAUGGCUACAUCCAGGUGGACGAACAGCAUCCGGUGGCAUUCCCCACACUCCAGCAGUUGCCCCAACUGGACCUGAUUGAGGAUCUGUACAUUGGCGGAGUGCCCAACUGGGAACUCCUGCCGGAGGAGGCGGUUGGCCAGCAGCUGGGAUUCGUGGGCUGCAUCAGCCGUUUGACCCUGCAAGGACGCACCGUGGAACUGAUCCGGGAGGCCAAGUUCAAGGAGGGCAUCUCCGACUGCCGGCCCUGUGCCGCUGGACCUUGCCAAAACGAGGGAGUCUGCCUGGAGAGCCAGACGGAGCAGGCAUACACCUGCAUUUGCCAGCCGGGAUGGACGGGAAGGAACUGUGCCAUCCAGGGCACCCAGUGCACGGCCGGAGUCUGCGGCGCCGGACGCUGCGAGAACACGGAGAACGACAUGGAGUGCCUGUGCCCGCUGAACCGGACCGGAGAUCGAUGCCAGUACAUUGAGCAUUUGAGCGAGCACAGCCUCAAUUUCAAGGACAACAGCUUUGCGGCCUACGGAACCCCUAAACUGACCAAAGUCAACAUAACACUUUCCGUGCGUCCGUCGAGUUUGGCCGACUCCGUGAUCUUGUACACGGCGGAAUCCAGUUUGCCCAGCGGCGAUUACUUGGCCCUGGUCCUCCGUGGCGGUCACGUGGAGCUGCUGAUCAAUACGGCCGCCCGCUUGGAUCCCGUGGUGGUGCGAUCCGCGAAGCCACUGCCCCUGAACCGCUGGACGAGAAUCGAGAUCAGGCGUCGCCUGGGCGAGGGCAUCCUGCGGGUAGGCGAUGGCCCAGAGCGCAAGGCCAAGGCCCCGGGAUCGGAUCGCAUACUGUCGCUCAAGACACCGCUCUAUGUGGGCGGCUACGAUCGGUCGACGGUCAAGAUCAACCGGGAUGUGAACAUUACCAAGGGCUUCGAUGGCUGCAUCUCCAGGCUCUACAAUUCGCAGAAGGCCGUUCAACUUUUGGCCGACAUCAAGGAUGCGGCGAAUAUUCAGAACUGCGGCGAGACAAACGAGAUCAGUGGCGGCGACGAGGAUGGCGACAAUGAGCCAUUGGUGCCGCCCCCAGUCCCAGAGGUCCACAACGAGGACGAACUGCAGCCAUAUGCGAUGGCUCCGUGUGCCAGCGAUCCCUGCGAGAACGGCGGUAGCUGCAGCGAGCAGGAGGCCAUGGCCGUCUGUUCCUGCCCCCUCGGUUUCAGCGGCAAACACUGCCAGGAGCACAUCCAGCUGGGCUUCAACGCAUCGUUCCGCGGCGAUGGCUUCGUGGAGCUCAAUCGCACCUACUUCAAUGCCGCCCUGGAGCAAUCAUACACCUCCAUGGUCAUCGUGUUCACCACCAGCCAGCCCAAUGGUCUGCUCUACUGGUGGGGCCAAGAGGCCGGAGAGGAGUACACCGGACAGGACUUCAUCGCCGCCGCCGUUGUCGAUGGCUAUGUGGAGUUCUCCAUGCGACUCGAUGGCGAGGAGGCGGUGAUCCGGAAUAGCGAGACCCGCGUGGACAACGGAGAGCGGCACAUUGUGAUCGCCAAGCGGGCGGACAAUACCGCCGUUCUGGAAGUGGAACGCGUGCUGCACUCGGGUGAAACCCGACCCACCAGCAAGAAGGCGAUGAAGCUGCCGGGCAAUGUGUUUGUCGGUGGCGCUCCGGAUAUCGCACAGUUCACGGGCAACCGCUACAAGCACAGCUUCAACGGCUGCAUCGUGGUCGUCGAGGGCGAAACCGUGGGCCAAAUUAACCUUAGUUCAGCUGCCAUCAACGGAGUGAAUGUCAAUGUCUGUCCCGCUCACGACGAGCCCCUGGGAGGAACCGAACCGCCAGUCGUCUGAGGACACAACCAGCAACCGAAAUUAGCUUUUUAAUUAAACAUUAACAAAAGAAACAAAAGGAAAAACAAUUUUUAUAUAUACAUCAUAUGAAUAAGCCCCAAGCAAAACCAUACAAAUUUUGAGUGUUAUAUGGCAAACAGAUAAUAUGAUAACAAAAACACAAAAAAAAGAGAUAAACGAUCACUUCUACUACAACUGCUUCUUCGAUCCUUAAGUCUAGGUUAAAGAUUGUAGCAAGAAAAAAGCGAAUAUCACAAACAUUUAUUUAACUAAAACGCCAUGCGAGAAGUGAAACGAAACAGAUACAAUAAUGCAAUUAAUGCAAAUAAUACAGAUAAAGCCUAGAACCCUAAGAACUAACUAACUAACUCGAGCAACAACAACGCAUACUAGCCAACUGCAACCACAACAACCACAAUAGUGAAGGCAUUUUAAUUAUAAUUUUAGUUUCUAGCUUAUAUCUAUGACUACGACUCUUUUUUUGUGAACCCAGUGUAAAAUGUUGGAAAUCGGAAAUUGGCCCUACACACACACACACACACACACACGUUAUUAAUUAAAUACCAAUUGAUACCAUAUAUUGAUAAAAGAAAUACUAUGAAUGCAACUAUUGUGAACGAACGAAAACCGUUGAGUGGAUAAAAAGCAAAAGCAGAAGAUAUAUUAAAAUGAAAUCAACAACAA